AUGAAGAUGAAGCGCAGUUUGGUGAGAAAUGAGGAGGGAGAAAAGGGGAAGAAGGAAGUAAAAGACAGACUAAGAUUGAAGAGGCAUGGGAAAGAGGAAGCUGCAAUGAUAAGACAGAUGAUGUCCUUCGCAGAGCGUGCUAUUUAUGGAGACGCUGUACUCAGUCCUAAAAUAGGUCCUGACCACCAGGCGGAAAUUUUUUCAAAUUCAGACCAACUUUCACUUCCAAUGAAUCCGGCUUAUUCAGAAGAAGAUGUGUAUGAUGAAUCAUUCUCUUCUUCAACUUGUUUGCCUGUCUCGGUUGCAUGGAGUGAUGCUGACGCAGAAAGUUUGGUACUUGGUUUGUUAAUUUUUGGGAAGAAUUUUACUCAGAUUAAAAAAUUCUUAGAGAACAAAGGGAUGGGGGAAAUUCUCUCAUUUUACUAUGGAAAGUUUUACAAAUCUGAUGGAUAUCGUAGAUGGUCGGAAUGCAGGAAGUUAAAAGGGAGAAAAUGUGUGAUAGCGAAGAAACUUUCUACCAAAAUGAGGCAAAAUGACCUAUUGUCUCGCUUGAAUCCUCAUGUCUCUAAAAAAUCACAAGAGACUUUGUCUAAGGUUUCUAAGUCAUUUGUGGAAGGCAAAACUUCUCUAGAAAAAUACAUAUCUUCUAUCAAGUCUAUUGUUGGACUUGGCGCUCUUGCAGAGGCAGUAGGUAUUGGAAAGGAGAACGGAGUCCUUACUCGGUUUGAUUUGGAACCUAGGAAGAACAGUUGUGAGGAGUUUUCAGCACCAUCUUGCAAAGCUUUGUCUUCUCUUGGACCGGGUGAUAUCGUACGAUCUUUGACAGGAGGCUUUCGGCUGAGCAAAACCAGAAUUAAUGAACUAUUCUGGGAAGCUGUUUGGCCCCGCUUACUGGCAAGAGGUUGGCACUCCGAGCAACCAAUGAAUCAAGACUAUGUUACCUCCAAAGAUGAUCUGGUUUUUCUUAUUCCCGGCGUUGACAAGUUUUCGAGGAGAAAACUUUUGAAAGGGCAACAUUACUUUGAUUCUGUUAGGGAUGUCUUGAGCAAAGUAGUAGCUGAACCAAAUAUUAUUGUGCUUGAAGAAGAAGAAGUUGAAGAAGGAGGAUCAAACGAAGAUGAUUCCUCCGACGAUCAUCGGCAAUGUUACCUCAAGCCUCGAUCUUCUACUUUCAAUAAAGAUCAUACAAGUUUGGUGCAUGGCGGAAAGCCAUCUGAUUUAAGGGAAUCGAAAUAUGUUCCAUCUAAUAGAGUGCAUACACUUGAGGUAGAUGUUGAUGGUAAAAGAUAUAAAGGGAACACAUAUACUAGGAGAGUAAACCAUAACAAGGAUAUGUCUAAAAGCAAUACACAGAGGUCAACAAAGCUAUCAGUUAUUGAUACCAAUAGACUUCCUGAAAGAAAACUAUUGAAGGUGAAACAAAAGAGAUAUCCGCCUGUUGAAUUGAAAGAUGCUUCUGCUAUGACUACCGAUCCUCUAGGCGAAAGUAAUGGUGGCUCUUCAGCAAGGAUGGUGGAAUCUAAGAUUCUGAUAUAUGGCAGAAAGGAAACUGAUAAAACUGAUAGUUGCAUUGGUGUAUCUAACAGUGGAGUUUCCGUUAAAAAAGAAGCACAUGAUAAUCGUGAUAAUGAUGCAAACAAGAUGGUCGAAAGCCAGAAAAAUCAACACACCUGCGUGUUUGAUGAUAGUCAACUGAAGAGGAUCUUAAAGCUUCAUCAGUUCAAUCGUAGAGUAAGAUCAGGUGAUUCUAAUCAUGCCGCUGUUCCUACUAAAAGGAGGAGAUUGACUGCUUGUGUCAAGGCAGAGAAUCGCCGCGUCGUUCAGAAUCUUUCAGGAGAUUUGGGAUCAGAUAAAGUAGGAUUCUCUUAUUCUUCUAGCUUCCUAAAUGCAAACCAAAAUGUUUGUGAUCCAAUUUGCCACCAGAAGAAUGGAAGUUCAACCGCUUCAUCAGAAGACAGAAGUAGCAGCCACAAUGACAGUUUUCAAUGCAUGAGCGCUUCUUGUGAUGAAGUCGAGAAAUCUGUGUCUUUCACCUUCAGCAUACAGGCUGAUAUAAAUCCAAGGAGACAAAGCAACAGAAACAGCAAAUUGACAGUUAAAGCAUUUGAAAGUUUAGCAAAUGAAUUCCUGCAUGUGGCCAAGAGACAGAAAAAGAAUGAUAUCCAGACACACACUGAUAUUUUCAAUCCUUGCCGCAAGCCUCGCACAAGAGGCAAAACAAGGCCGCAUCGUAACAGCAUUGUUUUUCAACAUUUAAAUGGAGAUGGCAGUGCUAGCUAA